AUGGCGAUCGCCAUAGGAAAACUGGGCUAUGCAAGCUACCGGGGCAAAGUCUAUAAGAAGAAUGACCAAGCCAGAUACACGUAUUCGUAUAAAUGCGAGGCAAGAGCUUUCGUCAACACCCUCGCCACCAACGAGUUCUUCAAGUCAAGACUUCUUCGCGAGAUGAAGAGAGUGAUCGACCUGUUAUCCGAUCCAUUCUGCGAACUUUUUUCGCCGUUAACAAUCAACUACGACCUCGUCGAGGUAAAAGACGGCCGCUGUUGGUCCAUCAGCCGGCGGGACUUUGCUGAAGAUGCCAUUGAGGAGCAACAGGUGGGAAAGAUCUCGCCGAGAGCAUUCUGUUCCUUCGACUCUGCAAGAGAUCCUGAUCCAAAGUACUUUCGAGAAGUCUUAGGGAACAGCCUAAGCCCGCAGGAGUUGGCGAAGUUCUGUGACGAUUUCCUAAAGCUGCUUCUCUACAAUAAAAAACAGCACAAAGACAAGGUGCCGUGUUUGGUAGGCGAUGCCAACAGUGGAAAGACGAGUUUGUUCAUGCCCAUUCUAGGCCUCAUCCAUCACGGCAACGUGGCCACGGUGACAAAGCAGAAAGCGUUCAAUAAAUCAAUGAUAACGCCCUUCACUGAAGUGAUAUUCAUCGACGAAGCCACCGAAUGCACGCUUGAUAUUGACGAUUGGAGGAUCCUGACUCAGGGUGGGUAUGCCGCUCACGACGUGAAAUAUCAAAGUGCCCGGGCAUUCAUCAACCGCUGCCCCAUGCUGAUCACCUCACAAAGGAAGCUUGAGUUCGGUCCCGCCGAUCAGCCUGCCAUGGAGAGGAGGUUAGGAACCUACACCUUCAGAAGCCUGCCCCGGCCAAAAAAGAAGGCGUCCAACUGGAUGAGAACGCAUCCCAUGGAUUGCGUCCUAUGGGCAGCGCAAAAGGAAGGAAGGUGUGCUGCGCGAAGAAGAGAAGGCAGAGAUUCAGUCAAUGUCACUGCCGGUGCUUUUGGCCAAAGAGAUACCAGCGGUCGACACGUCAGACGAAGAAAAUCCAGAGGACGAGAGCGACGGCGAUUCAGUUUCGUCUUCAUCCUCACAGGCAGAUCGUACGGCGCAUUUACGAGAUCUCCUUGAGAAGACACAGCCGGGUUGCCUGCGCCACAGACAGCUCGCGCAGAUGCUGAGGACCGAGGAGCACAAAAAAAGGGAAGAAGAAAGGUCACGA